GGGGCUGGGUCUCCUGCCUUACCCCUAUCUCUUUACACGACUGCCAACCCGUCUAUAGAGUUAUUCCAGGAAUGUGUUGAACAUGGCUGCCGCGAUGAAGGCACAGAAAACUGGACUGUUGGAACUUCGAGUUACCGUGGACCGUUGGAUCCGUGUAUUAGCCACACUUACGGAGGAGACUUUAACCGUGAGCCCCGGAGAGGUCGCCGAAGAACCAGUGAAACCCAACCCAACUCCCGCCGGUGACAUUAAUGGAGACCCAGCCAACCUCAGCUCCUUUCCCGUCCCAGAAACGAUCACCAACGUUAAGCGCACGGUGAGAGUUACAAAGCAAGAUGUGGGAGGACUUGGAAUUAGUAUUAAAGGUGGGAAAGAGAAUAAAAUGCCUAUUCUCAUCUCGAAGAUCUUCAAAGGGUUGGCUGCUGACCAGACGGAGGCCCUGUACGUGGGUGACGCCAUCCUUUCGGUCAACGGCUCUGACCUCCGGGAGGCCACACACGAUGAUGCCGUGCAGGCUCUAAAGAAGACGGGCAAGGAGGUCAUCCUAGAGGUGAAAUACAUCAAGGAGAUGUCAGCCUUCUUUAAGAACACCUUGCCCGGUGCACCCCUACCCUGGGACUCCCCUCAUGCCACGCCACAGAAGGGCGCAGACGUCCUCCCUACUGAGCUGAAGGAGGCCAGGACCAUCCCCCUGAAAAUGUGCCAGGUGACCAGGAAGCAGUGCCCCCCGGACACAGAGAACAGGUACUUUGAGGUGAUCUCGUCCAGCAGAAAGAGCUCGGUGUUCUUGAGGGCCAAGGACCCUGCCAUGGCCCAGUCCUGGUAUAACGCCAUCCAAGCCGGGGUUUCGGCCCUGGUGCCCCGAGUCAGGGAUGAGCUGAGGGCCAUGCAGGCGGGCCUGGAGGUCAAACACAUGGGAUGGAUCACUGAGCAGGCGACCCAGGGUCCAGAGAGACCGGUGCUGGCUCUGCUGACUGAGAGAGACCUGCUGCUGUACCCCACCCUUCCUGACAGUAAAGACGGCAUCAACAGCCCAGCCAAGAGCCACCCGCUCAUCACAACUAGACUGGUCCACUCAGGACCGGGGAAAAGCUCUCCCCUGUUGGACUCGGAGCUCUCCUUUGGGCUGCGCACCGGCACCAAGCAGGGCGUGGAGACCCACUUGUUCCGGGUGGACUCGGCCAAGGAGCUUUCAGCCUGGACCCACAUGCUGGUGGACGGCUGCCACAAUGCUGCCGAGCUCAUCCAGGAGGUCACCACAGCCUGCAGCUGGAACGGGAAGGAGUGCAACCUGGGAGUGCACAUCGACGAGGGCUUUAGCCUGUUCACUGAGGAGAUGGGCAUCAGAAAAACGGUGCUCCUCCAGCAACCCUUCGAGCGCCUGCGCAUGUCCUCCGAUGACGGUGUACACAUGAUCUUCCUCGACUUUGGAGGGCCAGAGGCGGAGAUUCAACUGGACCUCCACUCCUGCCCCAAGACCAUGGUGUUCAUUAUCCACUCCUUCCUCUCUGCUAAGGUCAAGCGGCUAGGCCUGUUAGCAUGAUAACAGAUUGACCUGCAACCCCUCUGCCCACCCUGAAAAACCACCAAACCCCCGAAGCGUAUUUACACGAAGCCAUGACUCUAACAUUAAGAGGAUGUGAUAUCACUACAGAGGACAUGUCACCGCUCUGUUUUAAACCGCCACCAAGGGGUUACAACAGACAGCAUCAAAAAUCAUGACGGCUUCUAAAUUUGUUACAGAAUUUUCAAAUGUUACCUGCACUGUUUACUGAUUGAAUUAUUCAGAGAAGUUUGUGUUUUAUCAUCCUAAAUGUACGUUACUUUUUUGUUUUGGCCGCCAUUUUGAGAAACAUUAUCUUAUGUCUGCUAUUAAGGAUGUUUUCCAAGUGCUGAUUCAGAGACAUUUUGAGUGCAGCAAAACGCCUUUUGAGUCUCCCUGCAUUUCUUUAGUAAAUUCAUAAAUGUUUCCCAUAGCCAAUAUCAACAUGAAGAUAAACUAUAUGUCAUAAAGCUGAUUUUAAACUUAACCCCUAAAUGGAUUAUUGCCACUGUUAAGUGAAAUUACUAAACAAAAACCCCACUCUCCAACUAACUUGAAUGACCUUAUGCAUAAGAGUACUAUGCCUUUGUAUCGAUACAAUAUAUACAUAUUUCGACACUAACUUCUGACACAAAGUUCACCCUCUAGAUCAUUUUAAUUUUGAUGAAAGACAGAUGGAAUAGUUCUGACGUUGGUAUUAUGAGCCUUAUAGCUGUAGGUGUUUGGACCUAGAAACCUACAGUGCCUUCAUAAAGUAUAACUUUUUUUAACUUGUUCCACAUUGUGUUGUGUUACAGCAUUAAAAACGGAUUAAAUAUAUUUUUUUUCAUCCAUCUACA